AUGGCGGCGAGCACCAAGGCCGAGGCCGACGCGCUCUUCCGCAAGGCCAAGUACGGCGAGGCGGCGACGAAAUACGGUCUCGCCAUCAAGCAGGACCCGGAGAAUGAGAAGCUCUACGGCAAUCGCGCGGCCUGCUGCGAGAAGCUCGCCGCGAGCCUCUGGGGCCCCGAGAAGGUCGGCUGGCUGCAAUGCGGCGUCACCGAUGGCCGCAAGGCGACGACGCUGGCGCCGGCCUGGGGCAAGGGCCACGCGCGCCUCGCGAGCGCCUGCCUCUCCCUGGCGGCGCACGUCGUCGACUGCGCCUGGGAGCGCGACGACUACGACGAGGUCGGCGCGGCGCGGUCGAUGACGCAAAAGACGCCGCGCGAGACGUGCUUCUCCAAGUCGGCGCGCGACGAGGCCGCGGCCUACAAGCUCGAGUCGGAGGUCGCCUGCCGGCGCGCGCUCGCGCUCGACGGGUCCCUGAGCACGUGCCGCGCGAACCUCGCGAAGCUCGCGGACGACCCGUCGCACCGGCCGGCGCCGCCGGAGGCGUUCGGGGAUCUGCCCUACGCGACGGACGCGGCUCUGCGCGACGAAACCGCGGCGCAGGCCCACAAGGCCGAGGGCGACGCGGCCUACGGCGCCAAAAAAUACGACGAGGCCGAGCGGCACUACACGCUCGCUUUGGCCGAGGACGCCGCGGACGCCAAACUCCACGCGAACCGGUCCGCGUGCCGGGCCCAGCUCCACAGCUACCGCGGCGCCCUGCGAGACGCCGAGACCGCCGCGCGCCUGGACCCGGCCUGGGCGAAGGCGCGGUGCCGCGUGGGCCAGGCGCUCUGGGGCCUCGGCGACUACGCGGCGGCCGAGGCCGCCGCGGACGCGGGCCUCGCUUUGGACGGCGAGCUCCCGGCGCUGCGCUCCCUGAAGAAGAAGUGCGCGCGCGAGACGAGCGAGGACCCGGCGGUGCAGGCGGAGCUCCACCGGCUCCGCGUCGACAACCGCGCGCGCGGCGGCGCCGAGGCCGUCGCGCGCGCGCUGAACGAGGCGCCCGGCGCGGGGCCCCAGAUGGUCGACAUCGAGAAGCUGCUCAAGAACGUGCGGCCGGACCUCGCGGACGCGUUCCCGGGCGGCUUGCCGGGCAUGGGCGGCAUGCCGGGCGGCAUGCCCCCGGGCAUGGGCCUCGACAACAUCAAGACGGCCGCGGAGAUGCAGAGCGAGCCCCAGGUGCCCGACGCCGAGCUCCGGAAGCUCGCGCGCGCGAACGUCCGCGCGCGGAUGGGCGACGCCGCGCCGCCGCUCCCGCCCGGCGAGGCGGCUCUACGCGCCGCCGCUCCGGCGCUGCUCGCCCUCGGCUGCGUGUCGACUGUAGCAUCGCCGCCGGCGCACGCCGAGGGCAAGAGAACCGUCGCCAGCAUCUCCGCGUCGGGGCUCGUCUUCAAGGACAAGCUCAUCAUCGACGCGUUCUCGGACCCGAAGGUCGAGGGCGUCACGCUCUACGUGUCCGACUUCGAGCGGCCCGUGACGGAGCGCCUGCAGAAGGACUUCUUCAGCGACCCGUCCCAGUCCGGCCUCGCGUGCGCGCGCCGCGCGGAGGUGAAGAUGGCGGCGAACGUCGACACGUCGCCCGAGGGCGAGGACGUCGUCACCGAGGCCAAGUCGCUGCUCUUCAAGACGCUCAAGGUGCGCCGCGUCGUCGACAAGGCGACGAACACGCUCGUCUACGUGUCCUACUCGGACCGGCUCAACAAGGGCGACGACGCGAACAAGGCGCGCUUCGCGAGCUCCCUCUGCACCCGGGCGGCGAAGAAGCGCCGCCUCGAGCUCCAGAAGCUCAAGGAGGAGAAGCGGAUGCGCGACGAGGAGGAGGUCGACAUGUGGCUCGAGAAGUACGACGUGAACCGCGACCUGAGCCUCCAGCGCGAGGAGCUGCGGAAGCUGCUCGCGGAGCUCGAGCCCGAGGCCGCGCCGACGGACGUCGCCAUGGACUACGUCUGGACCAUCGCCGAGGCCCUGCACAAGGAGCACGACCCGGCCGAGCCGGAGACGCCCCACGGCGGCGAGAUCGAGGAGGGCGUCCCGCGCUGGAAGGUCCGCCGCGUCGUCGCGCGCUACCGCGAGUACCUGAAACGGUCCAAGUUCCUCGACGAGGUCUUCGACCGCUUCGACUACGACAAGAGCGGCAAGCUCGAGGUCGAGCCCCCGGAGAUCAAGGGCUUCCUGCGCGCCGUCGUCGAGGGCACCCUGGUCGUCAAGGGCGACGAGGGCACGGAGGAGGCCGUCGCCCGGACCUUCAAGCUCCAGAGCCUCCAGCGCGCCAAGGACAAGGGCAUCCUCUCCGAGCGCUCGUUGAACGCCAAGUGGAAGAACAUCACGGGCAACACGCCGUCGGAGAACGUCCUCGACGUCGACGUCACGGACGGCGACGUCGAGUUCAUCAUCCACAACUGCGACAAGAACCACGACGGCGCGAUCAACCGCGACGAGAUCUUCGCGACGAUCUCCGUGUGGAUGGGGCUCCUCAUCGACCAGAAGCGCCGCGAGGAGGCGCGGGCCGCCGCCGCGAAGAAGGGCAGCCCGGGCCGCGAGCUGCCCCUCUUCGAGACGCGGAAGCUCGCGGUGCCCGCCUCGGGCGCGUGCUCCAUCAUGUAG